AUGAAUGCAGCAUGUGUUUUAGAUUUCAAUGCAUACCCUUAUAAGCCAGUUGGUGACUGUCUUCAAAACAACAAGAAAGUCCUUUACUGGAAUAGCAUUCCCUCAACUCUUUGCUGUCAAAAUGUGCUCACUUCCUUCUCGAAAAGCCUAGCACUCCAUGCGCAUACCACGAAUCAUGGCAAUAUUUUCAUAGAAGAAAAUCUAUGGACAAAUUGUAGUGGCUCUUUUCAUAGGCAACGAUAUGCAUCUGUGCCAUUGUGUGGCCUGGAUAAUUUUUUCUAUGGAGGCGGUGAGUGCUCAAAACUCUCGUUGGAAGUAAUUCAGAAUAAGAAGACGUAUCAAACAGCUGUAGCUUGGUGUUCUGGGUUUAAUCCUUCAUUUGAUGAUGCCUGCAGCGCAUGUUAUGCUGCUGUAUCGUCUGCAAUCGAGUCUAUGCUUGAGGAGCUUAGAAGGCAUGAUGAUGAUAACGAGAAGGCAGUGUGUGGAUUCGCUGUUGUUACUUCUAUUGCUGCUACAUUAUUGAAUGAUUCGUAUGCAACUGAUGAUUUUUAUAGGUGUUUAUCAGCUUUGGAUGUGAUUGAACCAGGUUAUUUCAAAGUCAAAAAUAUCCUCGCAAAAGCACUAUUGGCAAUAAUUAUCGCGACAAUCACACUAAUAUUCAUCCUUGUUCUGAUAAAGUACCUCGCAACGAAUAAGAACAAGAACAAGAACAAGAACAAGAGCAAUAUGAGAAGAAAAAGUCCUCUUAAAAAUGUUGAUGGCAAAGAGGUUACGUUUUCAAGCCUCUAUAGAUUUAACAAGGACGAGAUUGAAAAUGCAAUAAACCUUGAAAAUGGAAGACAAUACCUAGGCCGAGGAAGUGCUGGGCAGGUUUAUAAAGGUUACUUGCCUAGUGGGCAAGCUGUUGCCAUCAAGCAUAUCAAUAAAAGUAGCUCGUCUGAUUCUUUUGUAAGGGAAGUUGAAGGUCUUUCCAGGAUUCGACAUCCUAACCUUGUUUGUUUAUUCGGUGUCUGCAUUGAGGAUGGAGAACAAUAUUUGGUCUACGAAUAUUGUGCUGCAGGAAAUUUAGCUCAACAUCUACUAAGAAAAGAUACUGCUCUUACAUGGGAAAAAAGGGUAAAAAUCUUAAGAGAUUGUGCACUUGCAUUGAGAUAUCUCCAUCACUAUAUAGAUGGAUGUAUAGUACACAGAGACAUUAAGCUUACUAAUAUCCUUUUAACUGAGAACUUGGAAGCAAAACUCUCCGAUUUUGGAUUGGCAAGGAUGCUUGGAAUGGAAGAAAGUAAAGUAUUCACAGAUGUGAGGGGUACCAUAGGCUAUAUGGACCCAGAAUACAUGAGCAAUGCCAAGCUAACAUGUGCUAGUGAUAUAUAUAGUUUUGGUAUUGUUACUUUGCAGCUUUUAUCAGGACAACGAGUCAUUGAACUAGAUCUCGAUGCCAGAGAACACCUCACCAGAAAGGCAAAGGAUGUGAGUAUGGGAAGGCGACCACUUACUGACUUCGAAGAUCCACGAUUAAAUGGAAAUGUCAAUAGUGCAGAUUUCGAAUCAAUCUUGCACAUUGCUGUUCUAUGUAUCGCAAAAUCAAGCAAAGGUCGCCCCACCAUCGAUGUUGUCUUCGAGGAGAUUGAGAAGGCUUGGAAGAACACAGUGACUGAAAUGAAAAGUAAUGUGGAGAUAAACUCGACAGAAACAUCCAUGGCCAAGUCUAUGGAAGUGAUUCCAGUUUGA